AUGGCCGAUACUACCAUCGACGCGCCUGCUCAGGCACUGCAGGUCGAAGCUCUCGUGGUUAUGAAGAUCGCGAAGCACUGCUCGACCAACUUUCCCAGCAUGGCCACAGGUGCUCUUGUUGGUAUGGACCAGAACAACCUCCUCGAGAUCACAAAUACAUUCCCUUUCCCCACCGUCGACGCGUCCGCUACCGACAGCCACCAGAACGAUGCCGCCCAGGUGGUUGCCGCUGCCGCUCCUCGCCAAAAGUCUAAUAUCACUUACCAAAACGAGAUGAUCCGCCACCUCAAGGAGGUCAACAUUGACGCAAACAAUGUUGGCUUUUAUACCAGCGCUACCAUGGGAAACUUUGUCAACUUGAGCUUAAUCGAGAACCUCUACUUCUACCAGAAGGAGAACAGCCAGACUGUUGCUCUCGUCUACGAUACCAGCAGAAGCUCUCAGGGCAACCUGAGUCUGCGCGCAUUCCGCCUCACCAACACCUUUAUGAAUGCCUACAAGGAGGCCAAAUUCACCACUGAGAGCCUACAAAAGUCCAAGCUCACCUUCAAAGACAUCCUUGCUGAGCUCCCCAUCACUGUACACAACUCGCACCUUCUCACCUCCUUCCUCCACCAGAUUCCCUCCGGUCCAUCACAAGAAGACCUUGAAGGCCCCACGACGUUGGCGGACCUCGAGCGCGAGCCCAUCCAAGCUCCUCUCUACCCCAACAUCGACAACCUCGACGUUGCCGUCGAUCCUUACCUGGAGAAGACCUGUGACCUGCUAUUGGAGAGCAUCGAGUCGCACUAUACCGACCUCAACAACUUUCAAUUCUACCAGCGCCAGCUCGCUCGCGAGCAGACCAAGAUUUCACAGUGGCAGGCCAAGCGCAAGGCCGAGAACGCCCAACGUACUCUUGCCAAGCAGCCUCUCCUCCCCGAGGAUGAGUGGCAAAGGCUGUUCAAGCUGCCUCAGGAGCCUAGCCGUCUGGAGGGUUUACUUAACGCCAAGCAGGUUGAGCAGUACGGCAAGCAGGUUGAUGGGUUCACGGCUGGUAUUACUUCGAAGAUGUUUGCUGUGCGGGAGAAUCUCUUGCCCCAGUAA